AGAGUUUUUGAUCUCUUUAAUUAAAAGAAAACCGUUGGUGUGUUUUUCUAAAAGUUAAAUAAGACGUCAUUUAUAUCGCUGCGUUAACUGAAAUCAUAUACAAGCAGACGUUGCGUUUUACGUCAGGCCGGCAGCAGUGACUAUGCAGUCCCAUAGUAAAAAACGAGUUUGCUAUUAUUACGACAGUGACAUUGGCAACUACUACUAUGGCCAAGGCCAUCCCAUGAAGCCCCAUCGCAUACGCAUGACCCACAAUCUGUUGCUCAACUAUGGACUCUAUCGCAAAAUGGAGAUUUAUAGACCCCACAAGGCCACAGCGGAUGAGAUGACCAAAUUCCAUUCAGAUGAAUAUGUGAGAUUUUUACGUUCCAUACGCCCGGACAAUAUGACGGAGUACAACAAACAGAUGCAGCGCUUCAAUGUGGGCGAAGAUUGUCCCGUUUUCGAUGGACUCUACGAGUUCUGUCAACUGUCUGCCGGUGGGUCAGUGGCUGCAGCUGUCAAGCUGAACAAACAGGCCUCGGAGAUCUGCAUCAACUGGGGAGGCGGUCUGCAUCAUGCCAAGAAAUCUGAAGCUUCCGGCUUUUGCUAUGUCAACGAUAUUGUCCUUGGCAUCUUGGAGCUCUUGAAGUAUCAUCAGCGAGUGCUCUACAUCGACAUCGAUGUGCAUCACGGCGAUGGCGUGGAGGAGGCAUUCUAUACCACAGAUCGGGUGAUGACGGUCAGUUUCCAUAAGUACGGAGAAUACUUUCCGGGCACGGGCGAUCUGAGGGACAUUGGCGCUGGCAAGGGCAAAUACUAUGCUGUGAAUAUUCCGCUGCGCGAUGGCAUGGACGACGAUGCCUACGAGAGCAUCUUUGUGCCCAUCAUCUCCAAGGUCAUGGAGACCUUCCAGCCGGCGGCUGUGGUGCUGCAAUGCGGUGCUGACUCGCUGACGGGCGAUCGCCUGGGUUGCUUCAAUCUGACCGUCAAGGGACACGGCAAAUGCGUCGAGUUUGUUAAGAAAUACAACCUGCCCUUCCUGAUGGUCGGCGGCGGCGGCUACACCAUCCGUAAUGUCUCCCGCUGCUGGACCUACGAGACGUCGGUGGCUCUGAACGUUGAAAUUGCUAACGAACUGCCCUACAACGAUUAUUUUGAGUAUUUCGGUCCGGAUUUCAAGCUCCACAUCAGCCCGAGCAACAUGACGAAUCAAAAUACAGCUGAAUAUCUGGAGAAGAUCAAGAACAAAUUGUUCGACAAUUUGAGGUUGUUGCCGCAUGCGCCGGGUGUUCAGAUCCAGGCCAUUCCCGAGGAUGCGAUAAACGAUGAGUCCGAGGACGAGGAUAAGGUGGACAAGGACGAACGCCUGCCCCAGAGCGACAAGGACAAACGCAUUGUGCCGGAGAACGAGUACUCGGAUUCGGAGGACGAGGGCGAAGGCGGCCGCCGAGACAAUCGCAACUACAAGGGUCAACGCAAACGUCCAAGGCUCGACAAGGAGCCCAUCAUCAGCAAUGCGAGCAGCAAAGCCAGCGCCGAGAGCAGCGAGGCUAAGGAUGAAAAGGAGAAGGCUGAAGCUGAAGGCGAGGAGUCCGCCACGGCCAACAAUACGAAUAGCAGCAGCAGCAACAGCGGCGGCAGCAAUAGCAACAAAGAUGACGCUGCCACGCCCACAGCCGGCGGUGGUGGCAGUGGUGCCGCCGCUGCAUCGAAGGGCGCCAAGGAGAACAAUAUAUGACGUGGCGGCCGCAAUUGGUUAUAGAAGCCAAUUAAGCGACCGCCCAAAUACAAGCCGCCGGAUUUUACCUAGCAUACGGAUCCAUAAGCAAAUCAACAAAUUUUUGGAUUCCGGAGCUUAGUCAAUAAUUGAAAAUUGAAAAGAAACGAAAAAAAAAACAACAACUCAGCUUAAAUUAAAAUACAAUUUAUUGUAAGGCCCCAUUUUCAUUCAGUGUAAAGCGAAUACGUAUUUUAAGCUAACAGAUACCAUUUAAAC